GUUGUGCCUCUUACACUUUAUUUCUAACAGAGCUGGUCAGUCCUUCCUUCAUCAGUGAAAUGAAUUUAAUCAUUUCAUUGCUCAUAUUUCUGUCUAUUUUCGGUUUGAUUGUCUUUGCUUUAUUGUUUGGAGAAUCACCGUCGCUAAGAAAUGGAUUUAUUGGAAAGCUUAACCAUUUCCUAACAGCAUCACUACCGACAACUAUAAAUUGGCUGUUACAGCAUACUAUUGGAUUAAAAAAUACCGCUAGAUUGGAUCGAUUAUGGGCGUAUUGUUGUGAAAGUCGAAAUCCAUUUCUACAAAUAUUCUUUGUAGGGUUAUCGUCUUUAUCUAUUAUUUUAUUCUUGUACAAUGCAUUACCUCAUAUGCCUGGGCCCUAUGUACAUAAAGUGCACGUGUACUUUAUCAUUCCCGUUCAGAUCAUUGCUAUUUACUUAGUCUAUUAUUUGGCCUGCACUGUCGACCCUGGGUUUCUCACUAAGGAAAACUUAAAACAACAUCUAGACUAUUAUAAAUAUGAUGGGUUAAUUUUCAAAUCAGACAAGAUAUGCUCGACAUGCAAGUUGCAAAAACCUGCAAGAAGUAAACAUUGUUCAUUGUGUAAAGGAUGUAUAGGAAAAAUGGAUCAUCAUUGCGCCUGGAUUAACCAAUGCGUAGGAGAGAAUAAUCAACGUUAUUUCUUCUACUUCCUUUUCAUAUUAAUUGAAUUCUGUACUUAUGGUGCUUAUUUAUCGUUUCAAAUAUAUCGAGGCAUGAUCAUUGAAUGGGGACUGGAUCAAGCUUUUGAACAAGAUAAACUUACAGGAGAACACAAGCGAUUGACAUUCCGUAGGGCCUUUCUGUAUGUACUUCAUCGUGAUAGAAUAAUAGGCGCUAUAGGCAUAUUAGCCAUUGUUGUAGCAACAGUCGUCUUCUGUUUUACUGUAUAUCAGUUAUACUUGGCAGGGAGAGGAAUAACUACCAAUGAAGCUUUCAAAUGGGAAAUGAUCGAAGAAGCCAUUGACAGAGGAGAGAUCUAUAAAGUAGUCAGGGUUCCUGCCUCUUCAAGCAGUCUAUCCGACAAUAAUAUACCCUCAAAGGUGACAUCAUUGAAUGACACGUAUGUUAAGAAAUACCAUAAAAACGUAAAGAAGAAUGAUUACAUUAAGCAAGAGAGAAAAGUAGAAAGCUUCGAUGAAAUAGAAAAUAUUUAUGACAAAGGUUUCUUCAACAACUUGAAGGAGGUAUUCAACCCGCCUAAACUUGUAUAGAUUACGAUUAGACAUGAUUUUUCUUAAAUAAUUCUAAACCCAAUGGGUACACAGAUAAACUACAUAUCAGAAAAGUACCGUGAGCAGAUCAAAAUAUGUCAUGGAAUUAAAAAACCCUUAAAGGGACAAUGAGGAA